AGCAAUGAAUAGACUUACAAUUCUGUUUGCAGUGCUGCUACUGGCGGAGCUUUGGAUCGCAGGACAUGCGGAUGAGAGUCCUGGUUUCUUUCUGAAGAUCACCAAAAACGUGCCACGACUGGGCAAACGCGGCGAAACAUUCCUCAUGAAAAACAUGAAGACCAUACCACGCAUUGGUCGUAGCGAUCCAGAGGCCUCCAUUACUCCUUUGCUAACCUGGCUAUGGAAUUUGGAUAUGGAGCCACAGUUCAGCAAACGUCGACUGCCCAGCAAAGGAGCCACAGGCAGUGUGGAACAUGAGUUGACCGUCGUUCAGCCCGUCAACUCAAAUACUCUGUUAGAGCUACUGGAUCGUAAUGCUAUACCCAGCGAGCAUGUCAAAUUCGUGCACUGGAAGGACUUUGAUCGUGCUCUGCAAGCAGAUAUGGAACUAUAUACAAAGGUUAUUCACCUAGGUCGCGAUCCGGAUCAACGGCUCAAGCAGGAUCUUAGCUUUAGCAGUUAUGUACCCAUCUUUGGCUCUGAUGACGGAAAGGGUAAUGAUUUUAUGAUGUACAACAAGGACGAUAGGGACUUGUAUGGCAGCUAUGAUCGCAAUUUUAUGCAGUACAAUCGCUUAUAAAUGGGCGGUAAGUGUGCAUUAGAAAGUAUAUCAUGUAUUCUGGUUAAUGUCGGCUCGCUUAUAUUUGUAUACGCAAUGGUUAAAAUAAAACCAGAGUUGAAA